CUGACAUCUAGACACGAAAAACGAAACGAGUUUGUCUUUUCGUUUCAACGGCUCUUGGGCAGCGGCUCCGACGAAUAAAUAAAAUACGUCACGUUGUAAAUGGAGAGCUUAUAAAUUGCAUUCAAGCUGAACGAGAAUCUGCGACCUUGUGUCGCCUCACCAAUUAAUGUCUCAAAUUAUUUCUUUGCCCGGCGCUUUAGCUUACUAUGUUUUCUAAGUGAAUUACCAACGUAUAGUUAAAAUAUGGUUUAGCGGUGUACGGUGUUCGGUGACUUGAAACAUAAAUAUAGUGAUAAUACUCAGUUAAAGUGGUCAGAAGGCUUCGUGGAUUCGGUGCAAAACGAUUUGACCUUACUUUUGAGUAAAAGAGUCGACCCACGCCGUCUAUUAAGAAGACUCCUACGCCUCGGUACAAACUGCGUUGUCGUCGAGAGACUAAAAAAGGCACUACGAUGAGAAUAUUACUGGAUGAAUUACGUUACGUUGCUUAUAUUUACCCGUGUGCAUAUUUUUAUUAAGUUAAUAUUAUGUUUGUACAUAAUUAAGUGUAGAAGUGGUGCUAUUCGAUAUUUUUCUUAUCAGAAUAUGUUUUGAUUGUUACUUAUCAAGGCUACCUGUUCGUGAGAAAUCAUUGAAGCGGUUUGGCAAACAGAUGGUACAUAUCGUAAUUAAGUACACAAGAAUUUAAUAACACAUCAAAUAUAAUGCAAAACUUCAAGUUGAUGUAAAGAGGUUUAUUAUAUUUAUAAAGAAGUCAUAAAAGUCUUCAAAAUAAAGAAAACAUCAGCCCUGCUCUGUUACAAAGUGAGAAUGGAUGAAAAUGAUGUUAUCAUAUCUUCCACCGAGAUAAUAAAGGACAGACUGUAUUUUGCGACCCUGAAGACUGGUUAUAAACCGAAACCCACGCGGAACAGUAAAUAUUUCCAUAUAGAAGAUGAAAUCGUCUACGAGAACUUUUACUUCGAUUUUGGACCUUAUCAUCUAUGUCACUUGUAUCAAUUUUGUAAUAAGCUCAACGAUGAGUUGGAGAAGAAUCCGAAAAAAAAGAUUGUCUUCUAUACCAGCAGUAAUGAGACGUUGCGACUUAACGCUGCUUACCUUAUUGGGAGUUAUCAGAUAAUAUACCUUGGAGGUUGUCCGGCAGCAGUUUACAAGCAACUAACAGAAGGCAGCGAAUGGUCACUGCUUAGUUUCAGAGACGCGUCAGGUGGUCCACCACUAUUCGAUAUCUCUCUACUCGAUGUGCUUAGGGGUCUAAAACUGGCGCACGAUGCUAGAUUCUUUGAUUUUAAACACUUCGAUGCUGAACAGUAUCUUUACUAUGAGAAAGUAGAAAACGGCGACUUAAACUGGAUAAUUCCAGGCAAGAUGCUAGCAUUCUCCGGCCCUCACCAUCGAUCCCGUUUAGAACGUGGUUAUCCAUUACACAGUCCGGAACAUUAUCACCAAUACUUCCGUACACAUCACGUGACAACCAUCGUCCGUCUCAACAAGAAGUCAUACGAUGCUAAGCAGUUUACAGCUCACGGCUUUGAACAUAGAGAGUUGUUCUUUGUUGAUGGAUCAGUACCUUCGGAUCACAUCGUCAAUAGAUUUAUAAGGAUCGCGGAGGCAGCUAAAGGUGCGGUGGCUGUGCAUUGUAAAGCGGGUCUGGGUCGCACGGGUACUCUGAUCGCUUGCUACAUGAUGAAGCACCACGGGUUUGCGUCACGCGAGGCCAUCGCCUGGCUGCGCCUCUGUCGGCCAGGCUCCGUCAUCGGACAUCAACAGUGGUUUUUGGACAAUAUCCAAGUUCGCAUGCACGCGGAGGGUGACGCGUAUCGUCGUCGACAUAACAUCACGUCGUUGCCGGUGUUCACCCGCGGUAUCUACUGUGACUUGCCGCCAGAGACCGACGUGUCUGACAAGUCCGUCGCCGCCACUGACAAACCCGUCUCUCUGCAGACUAUACUGCAUAGCAACAAGAAUGGCAAGAUCGACAACGCAAAUGUGUUAAAUGCUAACGAAACGGACACAGAGAACAAUGUGACUUCAGUUAUCGGUAAAUACAAGACCACGGCAACGCCUAUGUUGCCCACGAAAACGGUAUUCGCCUCCAAGAUGAACUACAUGCUGCCCACAAAUAACAUCCGUAACGCCAACAACACCAAUCUCAAACCACAGCCCAGAGCCAUCAACUCAACCUUAAAAUCCCACUAUGCAGCUAAAACCUCCACCUUUCCACCAACUAGAGGCACCAACUCACAAGCUAGCAAACUAGUUGCCAGCGUCAAGUCUUCCUUUACAGGUAAAAAUAGCUUCCACGGUCAAAGAGCAAAUCUCGCACGGCCAACUCUAAGCUACAACCACGGCAGCAGUCCUUUGAAAACAUUCACAAGAAAAGCAGUCAGCGUCAAUAAAAUGACAUCAAACGAUACAUCUGUCAUCAACACCCUCAGUAAUGUCACUUCACUCUCCGCUCUCACUGAGAACUGUCAUCUUAACGGAAAGAAUCGACUGCCUUCAGAGCCUAAUCUAAAAAAUGUUACCCAAACGAAAACGAUCAACAACGUAACCGGUAGAAAGAAAUUAAUCAUCCGAUCGAAUUCGAGCUCGAGAAAGAAGCUGCCGAAAAAUCUAACCAAAACCGGACUCGAGGCAACACAGGACCUGUCUUCCAGUGACACUAAUAUUACGAACAUUUCAGCAGACUCUCUAGAUACUCCGUUCAGGUUUAGACGGAAAAGGGACAAGUCCAGCAGUCCGGAACCGAUGGACUGCAUCUCCAACUCCGUAAUCACAGCUGAUGUUACACCGGACAAUUAUGAAGAAACUAACAAUUCCCAGGGGAAUAAAUUAUACAAGAUAAAAGCGUUGAGAAAAAAAUGUCCUACAUUUGGAGUCAGUCUUUUAAAGCAAGAUAGCGUUCAAACGCGGUCGAGUACUGGUGCGAGUACUUCUACUGUGAAAAAGAAAUGAUUAGAGCGGGAUAUAGAUUUAGUUAUUCCAAGUUAUAGAUAUUCUAAUAGUAUAGAGGCCACGCAUAGCGAGGUAUUAAAUGUUGAUAGAAUUGUUUAGGCGCUUUCUAACUUAUUCGGCUGAAUUAACUCUUUAACUCAUCAGCUAGUAACAGAUAAUGUAUGUCUAAACAAAUUUUAUCGACAUAUUUGUAUAGAUAAAUAUAA